UAGUCAUGUGACAAGUCUGUACUUGGUACUUUCUAUAGUAAGUUAGCAGCUUUCAGUUUCUCCCUCUAUGUCUACAAUGACUGGUAUGUGGCCGCACAUCCUCCUUUUCCUGCUGCCCUUUUUGAGUGAAGCCCAUGGAGCUUGGAACCAACGGCAGAUCCGGCAGAAGAUCCACCAACUACAGGAGAUCCAUAAAUUUAAAUCCUUCUACAGUCGCCUUGGGAUUCCAGCGGGUAGGAACACUUAUGUGCCCCCAAUUGAAGGCUUUCUAACACAGCCUCUGGACCACUUUAACCGGCGAAAUAAUGGCACCUAUAAACAGAGGUACUGGGUGAAUGAGGAAUUCUGGCAGCGCCCCGGGGGACCCGUCUUCCUAUUUAUCGGCGGGGAGAGUUCAGAGUCUGAGUUCUCUGUCCUAGCAGGGGAGCAUGUUGAGUUGGCACAGACACAUCGGGCCCUCCUGGUAGCCCUUGAACAUCGGUAUUAUGGAGCUAGCAUUAACCCAGAUGGAUUGACAUUGGAGGCAAUAAGAUUCCUGUCCAGUCAACAAGCACUUGCAGACCUGGCUUCUUUCCAUCUGUUCAUCUCCCAGACAUACAACCUAACUCAGAACAACACCUGGAUUUGCUUUGGAGGGUCUUAUCCUGGAUCCCUUUCGGCAUGGUUCAGAAUGAAGUUCCCACAUUUGGUCUAUGCAGCUGUGGCCUCCUCUGCCCCAGUCAGAGCAGAGUUGGAUUUUAUAGAUUAUAACAAGGUGGUGGCUCAGAGCUUAUCAGACCCGGUUAUUGGAGGAUCAACAAAGUGUCUGGACAAAGUGAGAGAUGCUUUCCGAAUAGUGGACAGACUGCUUCAGACUGGGAAUGUCACUCAGCUGGAAAAAGACUUCUUCUCCUGUGCGCCUCUCCGUGCCCCCGAUGAUUAUAUAGAGUUUGUCAGCAAUCUGGCAGAUAUAUUCAUGGGGGCUGUCCAGUACAACAAGGAGACUGCAGGCAGCGAUGUGCAGAAGGUGUGCGGGAGCAUGAUCACUGCAGACUCUGCAUACGAAGGACUGAAGUCGGUCAAUAUGAUGUACAUGAAUUUCAUAGGCCUGAAGUGUGUGGAGAACUCGCAUGAGAAAACAUUGUCAGACUUGAGAAAUACUGAGCUGAGCCCGGUGGGGGUUGGGGAACGGCAGUGGUAUUACCAAACUUGUACAGAAUUUGGGUACUAUCAGACCUGUGAGGACAGCUCUUGUCCGUUCUCCCCUCUCAUAUCUCUGAACUCCCAGCUGGACCUCUGCUCACAAGUCUUCCAGAUCCCUGCCAUGUCCGUCAGUCAGUCCGUCCAAUUCACUAAUGAAUUUUAUGGAGCUGAUCAUCCCAAAUCCAGCAGGAUAAUAUUUGUUAAUGGUGAUGUGGAUCCCUGGCACGCACUCAGUGUUUUGAAGAAUCAGUCUCACUCUGAAAUCGCCAUCUUUAUCAACGGCACUGCCCACUGUGCAAACAUGGGUCCUUCUCGCCCAACGGAUCCUGCGUCUCUGCGGAAAGCUCGAGAGGAAAUCGCCAUUAAAAUUGGUGAUUGGCUACACUCUGCCCGGCUGGCACCAUAACUCGUGUUCCAAUCUCUAUAAACACGAAGCAGGAAGAAGAGUCAACGUCCACUGGAAACCUUUCUACAAACGUUUUACAUUUAAAAUGUAAAGAGACUAUGCAAUAAUGCUAGUUUUAGCCAAAGAAGAGUUUUUUUAGUGUUUUUCUAAUUUUAAAAGAAAUCCAUUGCACUUACUAUAUGAAUAUAAAAAAUUGCAACAAACAUGAAGUAAGAAGGUCAGGGACACAUUUCUAUGAAAGAACAAAAUUAGACUGUAUAGGCACUUUUGAAGAAAAACUAUUUUUUUAUGUUUGAGUUGAAUUUUUUAAACAUAUGCAGCGGGAUGUAAUGGCGUCUGAGAUGCUGGCCGAUCUUGGAGGUUUUUUAAAGGAGCAAACACUUACAAGGCGUGGUUUUGCCUUGUAAGUGAUUGCCCCUUUAAAAAAUAGUCCGAGAUCGGCCAGCAACCGGCACGUCUGGCGAUCUCGGACUCUAUUACAUCCCCUUGCUGGAAGAUGAAAAAAGGAACUACAGGAAUAGCAAGGGGAGGGGGUCUACAACAAUGGCUUUCUGUCACUGCAGCUAGUGGUACAUUUACUAAAGCUUCUAAGAAGUGAUGUUGCCCACAGCAACCAAUGAGGUUCUCUCUAUAAUUUAUUUUUUGCAUCCUAGGAAAUGAUAGAGAGAUUCUCCUUGUUUACUAAGGGCAACAUCACUUCUUUUCACUUUUAGGGGUAAGUUUACUAAGAUGGGAGUUCUAUUUAAGAUGGGAUGUUGCCCAUAGCAACCAAUCAGAUUCUACUUCUCAUUUAUCUAGCACCUUCUAGAAGAUAUUACCUGGAUUCUGAUUGGUGGCUAUGGGCAACAUCGCAUCUUAAAUAGAACUCCUCCCAUCUUAGUAAAUUUACCCCUUAGAAGCUUUAGUAAAUUUACCCCCUACUGUAUUAUUUUCCUAUCGUGCUGCAUUCACCAAAUGCUUUUCUUACAACAGUGUGUAAUCUGGGGUAUGUGCCACUUUCCCACAGGAAGUUGAUUGUAUGUCGUGUUUUUUUUUUUUUUACUUUUAUAUUCCUUGAAGUUAAAUUAUUUUACAGAAAAUUACUUCUAUAAACAUUCAGUAGGUUUGUUAGAUCAGGGGCUAUUAAAUUUUGUUUUUUAUUUAAUUAAACAUCUUUGAUUAAAA